GUGCUUUUUUUGGCUUUCUUUUCCAGUUUUCGCUUUCGAUUUUUUUGAAAAAGUUUUCCGGGUCAGAAGUUUUUAUCAAUCGUCAUUAAUCUAACCAAGAAAAAAUGACUGAAGAUAGUAACGAAGAAAUCAAUCCAAAAGCCUAUCCAUUAGCCGAUUCAGCAUUAACGGCUAAAAUAUUCAAUCUUCUUCAACAGGCUAAUAAUUAUAAACAAUUGAAAAAAGGAGCCAAUGAAGUGACAAAAACAUUGAAUCGAAAUCUGGCCGAAUUAGUUGUCAUGUCAGCGGAUACGACACCGAUUGAAAUCCUGUUGCAUUUACCUUUACUUUGUGAAGAUAAAAAUGUACCAUACGUAUUUGUACGAUCAAAAAAUGCACUGGGACGUGCAUGUGGUGUAUCACGAAAAAUCAUUGCCUGUUCAAUUAUAUCGAAUGAAGGUUCAAUGUUGAAAUCUCAGAUUGAAAGUCUAAGAAAUGAAAUUGAAAAACUUUUGGUUUAAUAAUUGGAAUUUUUUUCUAUUAACAAAAAUUGAUCAUUUCACCAAUCAUCCAUUUUAUCAUUAUAAUUCCCUACAAACAUACAGAAAACGAAUAAAUAAAUUUCAUUUGAAUUGACAAAA